ACGCAGUUUCGGACGGUCGCAAAAUUUAAUCGCUCGGGAAGUGCAUCCGAAAAGAAGAGAAAAAAUGUCACCUGAAGUGUGUCGCUAAGUUUUUUUUUUUGUUUUGCCUAUCCUGUAAAAGCUAAUCCAGAAAUGUAAAAUCAAAGCAAUUCAGCCGGCAGAUUAAUGUAUCUAACGAGCAAACGGUUAGAUGUCAAGCUGUUCCUAUGGGGCCUGUUUUUGCUGCAGAUUUUCCUGAUAUCGGUCUUCCUGGCGUUCGGUUCACUGUUGGCCAGCAGCACCCUCCAGCCGGAUGACCCAUCGGCCCAGGGUGGUCAGGCUGGGUCAGUGAACCGGGCACCAUCAUCAUUAUCAUUAUCGGUUGGCAAUCGGCCAACGUUCUGGUUCAACGUGAAAUUCGUCAACAAUCAAAGCUCUUCCAUCUCGCCCGAAGCCGUCAGACAGCGGCAGGAGGUGGGUGGUGGGCACGUCAGACACCCACGAUUCCGGCCGCUACAGCUGAAGACUGUCCCCAAGCCGGAUGAUUACACCAAAUAUUAUAGGCCCAUCUACUACCACGACGGAUACCGAGAGCAGACCCGGUUGUGUUUCAUCGAGGGAACCCACUUCCGGGUCGCGGCGGCGAAUAAACCAAAUAAGAAAACACCUCCCACAGGACCACACCGGCCUGCUGGGCACCACAUCACCAAUGAGACUGACUUUGAAGCAGGAGAGUUAGAUGUAGUAGUAGUAGCAACAGUAGGGAAAACACAAAAGCAACCAGACGAAGAAGAAGAAGAAAAAGAAGAAGCAACAGCAGCAGAAGAAGAGGAAGAAAACGACCUAAGCAAUGAUAUCCUACCGGAUGGCCGUUGUCGGUGUCAGCCGGAAUGGCACGGACCGGACUGCGGCCAACCGGAGGUGCUCUGGAGAGCGUUUGUUGCCUCGCGUAUCCCACCUAGGAAUCAAACUGCCGCACCCCGGAAGGUGCCGAAGAAUGUGUUCUACAUUAUCGACGCCAACUUUAUCAGCGUGCAGAUGCUGGAAAUCCAGCUCAUGGAACUGCUGGACGUUGUGAGCUUGUUUAUACUGUGCGAUCGGCAGCUGCCCGUGGCCGAUGGAAUGAAGAGUGAGACCUAUACGAUAGGACCGCAUGUGAUGAGUACUGAUUUUUUGAAAGCCAAUUUGAACAAGAUUCUCCUGUUGGAGGAUCCUACCUGUAGCGGACGGAACAUCUUCCGGAAAUUGAAGAAGUUCGUCCGCAAAAGUGAUAUGCACGUGGAAGAUGUUCUGCUAUACAGCCGAACGGACGAGAUACUGAAUCGACGGGCGGUGAACUACUUCCGCUGGUACGACAACUGGCCUCAACCGGUUCGAUUCCGGCUGAAGUACAACGUGUUCGGCUUCUUCUGGCAGCAUCCGGAGAGCACCCUGAUCGGAAGUGCCGCCUGUCAAUUAAGUACUGUGGAUGAAGCUUAUCGAUCCGACCCGGAAGCACUACUUCGGAUCGACAAGCCGGUGAUGCUUAUUGGUGAUCUGAAUCAUUAUGGCGGUUGGUACUGCCGACACUGCUACCAACUGAUAGAUAUAGUAAAAUAUUUAGAAUUUAUAACCUUAGUCAAUACAACCACUAGCAUUAGUAGCACUAACCAAUCGUUGUCGUCGUAUCUUCCCGACCCGAAGAAGGGAACCGUGAUGAAUGUGGAAUACAUUCAAAAUCUGAUUGCCAGCGGGAAGUACUUCGAUGACAAAACGAAUCUCAACAAACUGCAGCGCCACGUGGACAAAUACUACGCGCCUGAAUAUGUCCGCAAAAAUAGCUGGCGGUUCGACAACAUCGUCAUCAACCUGUUUGCCCGCUGGGAGGAUAGCGUCAUCGACGACGAGUACUUUAGCUAGACGAAGCCCAGCGCGCAAUCCAAUAAAUCAACCAUCAUCAUCAUACAGCAACAUAAUCAAGUCAGCAAUCGAUAAACUUCCUAUCAUAAUCAGCCAAAGUUCGGUCGUAGCCAAUUUAGAAGUCUUAAACAAACAGGUCAAAAUUACUCAACUAUCAUCUCAUACUAUCUCACCACACAAACCACAAAAUCUCAGUUGACUCACAAAGAAGCGAGCUUGGAAUGAAUGUGCGAGGUAGGAUCAGUCGUCGGUUGCGUUGGAAAAGGGAAUCAACAUGAAAUAUACUCAAACGGAAAUUAGAUAGCGAACAAAAACAAAAUUUUGCCUGAACAGAAACGAAUUUCACUAAAUUAUUCGCCGCUAUUAGUUCCAUCUUCGAAAAUUGACGACAAACAUUAUUUUUAGGUGAUUGGCACACAGAAACGAAAUGAAAAAAAAAAAACAUAUUUUCAAUUAGACGAAAAAAUACACAAGAAUAUGAUAGCAUUUAAGGUGAUAGCACCGGACUAAAGCAAAUUCAAAAUAAAAAGAAAUAUAUACGAUUAAGGAAAAGUAGCCUAUUCGAAAUUGUAAUAAGAAACAACACCUAAUUAUGUAUACCUGACAAAUUGUAAAGUUACUAACAGAAUUCGAGAGUAAAUAUCGAUAGGACGAGUUAACUAAGUUGAGAUACGAUGAUUAUUUUACUUAAACCUGAAAAAAACGGAAUGUGUACGCGUUUUGUGAUUUACUUUGCUUCCUUUUAGUUUGUAAUUCGUGAAUAAAAUUUAUUUUCUGUCAUGUUGAUUCUUUCAGGAAAGCGUGGUAUUUG